GUCACUACAGGUCGGGGGUCGCGAGAUCGAGAUUCUGGACCUUCGAGGUGUGCACAGCGCAGGAUGCCAGGCCCGGUUGGCGUUUUGCUUUCCCCUGCUCCCCAGCCUUCCGUGGCUCCCCAGUGCCCUUGGGCUGUCACCCACACACCGUAUUACAGCCUUCAGGGCUCUCCGUGAGCGGAGAGGGCCAUGUUUACCCUCAUUUCAGAAUCUAACCUGUAUUUCGUGUACUGUUAAGCCCCUUUCCCUGUCUUCGUGGAUUUCUAUCUCUAAGUUUUGCUUCAUCGCACGCCCGUGGCAAAACCUGAAGAAAACAAAAGAAAGAAAAGCACAGCUGGAGAUUGGCGUUGGGGGCAAUGGCACCAAUGGCUUGGUCAGCUGAGAGAAGCAUUUAGCCUCAAAGAGGAGGAUCCCUAUGUCCCAGCCGGGCAUGGCUGAUCCUCACCAGCUUUUUGACGACACCAGUUCAGCCCAGAGCAGGGGCUAUGGGGCCCAACGUGCACCUGGCAGCCUGGGCUACCCAGCAGCCUCUGCCUCACCCCAAGCAGCCUUCCUAGCCGAUCCUAUGUCCAACAUGGCCAUGGCCUACGGGAGCAGCCUGGCUGCACAGGGCAAGGAACUGGUGGACAAAAACAUUGACCGCUUCAUCCCCGUCACCAAGCUCAAGUAUUACUUCGCUGUGGACACCAUGUACGUGGGCAGGAAGCUGGGCCUGCUCCUCUUCCCCUACCUGCACCAGGACUGGGAAGUACAGUACCAGCAGGACACACCAGUGGCCCCCCGCUUUGACGUCAAUGCGCCAGACCUCUACAUUCCAGCCAUGGCUUUCAUCACCUACAUCUUGGUGGCUGGCCUUGCACUGGGGACCCAGGAUAGGUUCUCCCCAGACCUCCUGGGGCUGCAGGCCAGCUCUGUAUUGGCCUGGCUGACACUGGAGGUGCUGGCCAUCCUGCUCAGCCUCUACCUGGUCACUGUCAACACCGACCUCACCACCAUCGACCUGGUGGCCUUCCUGGGCUACAAAUAUGUCGGGAUGAUUGGUGGGGUCCUCAUGGGCCUGCUCUUUGGGAAGAUCGGCUACUACCUGGUGCUGGGCUGGUGCUGCGUGUCUAUCUUUGUGUUCAUGAUCCGGACGCUGCGGCUGAAGAUCCUGGCAGAGGCGGCGGCAGAGGGGGUCCCGGUGCGCGGGGCGCGGAACCAGCUGCGCAUGUACCGGACCAUGGCGGUGGCGGCGGCACAGCCUCUGCUCAUGUACUGGCUCACCUUCCACCUGGUGCGGUGA